CAGGGAAAUAAACUGGUCGUCCAGCAAAAGACUCAUGCGCCCUUAAGAAACUCCGUGUGCAUUCACGCAGCUACCUCCGUAAUUACCAUCGAAACGCUUCCUUCACGAUUCAUUGCCGCCACACUUUCCAGAGGGCCGCCAUGGAUGACAUCACGCGGGCCCUGAGCGCCAGCUUCUCUGUCUCUGCGGAGCCGAAUAGCACGGCGGCGCCGCACCCCCGCCUGGCCCAGUACAAGAGCAAGUACAGCAUCCUGGAGCAGGGGGAGAGACGCCGGCGCUUCCUGGAGCUGCAGAAGACGAAAAGACUGAAUUAUGUCAACCAUGCACGACGGCUGGCGGAGGGGGACUGGACUGGUGCUGAUAGUGAGGAGGAGGAGGAGGAGGAGGAACGGGAAAAGAAGAAGAAGCAGCCAGAGGUGAAUGGGAAGGAGAUGGACCAGGAGGAGGAUGAUGAAGGGAUGGAGAUUGAACAGAGGAAGAGGCUGCCACGACACUAUGCCAACCAGCUCAUGCUUUCAGAGUGGUUGGUGGAGGUGCCCCCUGACCUGGACACCGAAUGGUUGAUGGUGGUCUGUCCUAUCGGGAAGCGCUCUCUGGUCAUCGCCUCCAAGGGGUCCACUGCAGCGUACACAAAAAGUGGGUACUGCGUGAACAGAUUCCCCUCUCUCUUACCAGGAGGAAACAGGCACAACUCCGCAAUGGGAAAAGACUACACUAUCCUGGACUGCAUCUUCAGUGAAGUGGACCGGACCUUCUACAUCCUUGACGUCUUGUGCUGGAGGGGUCAUCCGGUGUAUGACUGUCCGACGGAUUUCAGGUUCUACUGGCUGCAGUCGAAAGUCCAGGAGGAGGAAGCGUUGUCGGAAAUUGUCAAGCGUAAUCCAUACCGGUUCCUGAGCUUGCAGAGUGUGGGCUGCAGCCCAGAGUCCAUCCAGCAGGCCCUGGCCCAGGAGUACUCCUUCUCUGUGGACGGUCUUCUGUUCUACCACCGGCAGACCCACUACACCCCCGGCAGCACCCCGCUGGUGGGCUGGCUGAGGCCCUACAUGGUGGCAGACAUCCUCGGCGUGGCGGUGCCCGAGUGCCCCCUCACGGCCAAACCCGCCUACGCCGGGCACCAGCUGCAGCAGAUCCUGGAGCACAAGAAGAGCUCCACGGAGGUGCGCCCGGCCGACAACGGCCGCUACGAGCUGGAGCACCUGUCCACCCCCGACUGCCCCUCCGGGGAUGCGCCCCAGCCCAUGUGAUGGAACGGCUCGGGGGUUUAGGGUAGGGGGCACGGCUCGGGGGGUUUAGGGCAGGGGCACGGCUCGGCGCGAUUCGGCCCGCCCGCCCGCCAGACCUACUUAGCCAUAGCGCUGCGGCUAAUCCCGAGUAAUGAGCUUUCAAGGCCACAGGAAUGCCGGAAGAGUCCGAGGCUCUUUGGGGUUCCGGCGCUGAAUGUGGUUUAAAUCAUGCGUCCGUUGAUUGUGUACCGCGUAAGCUGGGAUGUUAAUUACGCUUAAGGCGUGCAGAGGUUAAAGCUUUUCGGGUCUUACCAGAAGCAAGUUGGUGUAGACACCUGUGGGUGGCUUCCAGUUCCUACACUUUGCUGGUUGUAAGACCUGGACUGACUCAAACCGCUAUGCACUGGGGAGGCGAUUUCUGUUCCUAUAUGAUAUAAACAUUCACAGUGUGAACUAAUGACAAACUGCACACAAAUGCAGAAUGAAAUUGUUUUAGGCUCAUUGUUAUUUUAUAACAAUAUUUUACCUACAGUACUGAAGAUUAGCAAUGGUCGGUUAUUUUAAGUGUUUGUUUGGUUGUAUCUUGAAUAAAUACUGUUUUUGUA